ACUGCGCGUGCACUGUGGUGUCCGGUUGCAAAAGCGGCUUUGGGAAUUCCCCAGGAAAACACCUACGCUGCCGCACGGCCUUUUCUGGGCAAACGGGGCAUCGGCAAGUCGCUCACACGGUGAGCAAUUUGGGUUUUAUAAUGCCCCGGACAUGGAGGGAAUCUGAGGCUUUUGCAACAGCGCUCGCCGCUGUUGUUGGGGAAUUUGUCCAGAAGAAGCUCCUGUUGUUUCCCUAAAACAUCAACGCUGUCAGACUGAAACCGUUGUAAAGAGCGCAGUUGUGUGUUUGGAAAGGCAACUUCUCUUGUUACAGCUGACGCCUUCAGAACAGUUGGUUCUCAUGGAGAUGGAUGGGACGCAAGAUGAUUACGACGAGUCGCUGAGACAGAAUGCACGGCCUGGACCGAGCUGCAUGAUGGACAAACGGGGAUCGGUGGACGCUGUCCCGGAGGACUGGUGUGACAGCGGGCUAGACUCCUUUGGCGGAGUCGGACUCGGUUUUGAGGCUACGUACAUCGAGGCCGAACCGAGAUGGGCACCUGAACGGUCUGUGCUUGGCGUACCUUCCCCAGACGAGUCCGUAAACAAGAGCACUAUGGACUGUGUGUCAAUCGGCGGCGGAGAGAGACUGGAUUCUGCCAUAGGGGACUCGAUAAAUGAGGACGCGGUGAUGGGGUGUCUUUCCGACGGGAUUGGUACCAUGAUCCUGAGCGAGCCCGCGGGCACAGACGUACUGUCGGGAUCAAAGCCCGAAGUCGAUCGGCAGCGGAGGGAAGAGCUUAUGAAUAUGCUGAAUUUUCUCUCGGAAGAUGGUGACACGGUGCUCCAUUUGGCGCUGAUUCAUGAACAGUGGGCCAUUGUUAACUGCCUGCUCGAAGAAAUUUCAUUGGACAGUAACUGGAUUCCUUACCUGGACAUUCAAAAUGACCUGGGACAGACCGCUCUACAUUUAGCAGUCAUCGUAGACCAGAGUGAGUGUGUUCGGGCGCUGUUGUGUAAUGGGGCUAAUGCGGAGGUUCAGGAGAGAGGGGGUAACACUCCUUUACACCUGGCUGUAAGAGAGCAUCGGACAGAGUGCGUGAGAGAGCUGACCAGCUGUUCACGGACCCGUCCGGAGCACCUGAACAUCACCAAUUUUGCAGGUAUGUGUGCACUGCAUACGGCUGUACAGAAGGGCAAUUGUGACAUCAUCAAAAUGCUGCUGGAUGCAGGAGCAGAUGCUAAUCAGCGGGAUCUGGGGUCAGGUCGGUCUCCAUUGCACCUGGCUGUGGAAGGUCAAAGGUCAGCAGUAGUGGAGUUGUUAUUGAGUGCAGGUGCAGUGGUGAAUCAGCGCUCUUAUGCAGGUCACACCCCGCUGUAUUGUGCCCUCUACAGACCAAACAAAGAGGUGCAGGCCCUACUUAGUGCCAGUGGGGCCACAUAUACACGGGAGGAUGAGGAAGAGGAGGAGUACAGAGAGAGUGAGGAGGAGGAGUUUGAUGAUGUCGUCAUUAAUGGGCAGCGUGUUAUGUAGCUGUAAAAGAAGGACACUACUCUGCCGUUAGACACUUUCAACUACAGCUGACAGAUUUUGGUGUCUUGAGUGUAUGUGUUGUGGGGGUACUAUGUAUGUGUGUCUGGGCGUGUGUCAUUUGUUUUUCAAGGGUACAGUAUAUCAGAAUGCUGGUUUGUUUUCAGGGUAAUGGAGUUCUUUUAUUUAGGAAAACCUCUCUGGCUCAUCUUGUGUACAUCUUUAACAACCAGACUCCCUGUGUACCAAAACACCUGGUAUGACACCUUACACCAUGUGUACACUGCACGCCAGACCAUAGAUUUGUGUGAUGACACACAGGAUGUCAGUGGUUCCCUUUAUUUUUAAAACUAAAUUAUUAGUGGGAUCUAGCAGAGGAAAUUCUUGCAGAGAAACAAAUGCUUUUAAUAAACUGAUUCACUUAUUAUUUCUGCAACAGCUAUGAGUUGUGCUUUUUUGUGUGGAUUGUCACUGCUUCCAUGGUGACGAACGUAGUUGUCCAUUGUUUGUACAGUGGUUGUUUAUUUCUUCUCAAUUUUUCCUAGGGCUUAAGGGUGAACAUAGGAUAGAUAAAGAGAUGAGACAGAGGGUUAAACAGUAGGCCAGACGGAAAUGAAAGGUUACAUUACAUUUAAUAAUGUAUAAAAUUGAAACCACUCACUGUAAUCCCCAUGCCAUAGUUCUUACUGAGACCAUUUAAUUCCACAACACAACAAGCCAUCUUAAACUCACAGCUCUGGACUAAAUGCACAGAAAUAGGUGUGUUUGGACUCCAGAUUCAGCUAACAGCUGACAAUAAAUGCUAGAUUUUGUCCUGCACUUACUGUUUUGUUUCCGGUUGUUAAAGUUAGGAAUUACCACCAUCCAUGCGGUGGUAUAAUGGUUGUGGACAUUUACAGUCACCUGUCUGACCCUAACCCAAAGUCAAAUAUUUUGUUUUGUUGAGUUUAAGAAUAGAGGUAAUGACAAUGAUUGAUGCCUUCUGUUGGUGAUAGGUUGGAGAUUCCUCUGCUUAUCUUAAAAAUGGUACAGCUAUUGAGGCUCCUGAGCCACUUGCACUUGUCCUCUGUGAGUUGACUGUGUACUGAUAACAGAAAUAUUGUAGCCCUGUUUUACAUGAUAAGGUUCAGGGUUAUUCGGCUAUUAUGAACACAACUUUGAUCUUGGCACAGUGACAGGCAGGUUUGAAUGCAAGAAAGUUUUAAAGGUAUCUUCGUGGAGUUGAUUUUUUAGGGUUUGAUUUUGAAUGUUUCUGAUCAUUUUGUUAAGGAAUGCAGAUUGAUGGACCUUUAAUAUGUGCAUACUUCUUUUCAUCUGCUUUGUUUGGUGAUGGAUAAUGUGGCUGAAAAUCUCUUAGAAAUCAUUUAAAUUGACAAUAAAUGGAUAAGUUUAAAAGA